AUGCAUCUCUCGACAAGCAGCGUUCUUCUAUACCUGAUCGCCUCGGCAUCGUGUACAGCAGCGUCUCCUCUAUAUAUGCAGCGUUCCCGAAGAUCAGCCCUCACCACAAGCACUUGGAAACCAUCCGCAUUCAAAAGCCCAACGACCGACAGGGUCAAAACACCACAUGUCCUUGAACUCACCAAGAUCAACAACAAAGGCAACGCCCGCAGCGCAGUCGAGCUCAACAGCCAAGUUAGAACCGGGUCCACAAAUCUAGUUUCCUUCGCCGAAGUAGGCGGGUUUGCAACAUCUAUCACAAUCGGCAACCAGACAUUCGAGGUAGUCAUCGACACAGGGUCCAGCGAUUUAUGGGUCGUCCGAGAAGGGUUCAUAUGCAUCAACCCUGAGAGUAGGAGGGAGGUGCCGCAGUGGGAGUGUGAGUUCGGGCCGGCAUACGCACCUAAUACAACCUUCCAUGAAAUCGUCGGCGAGUUUGUGGACAUCAAGUACGCAGACCGGGAGAUCCUCUCCGGCGUCAUCGGUACCGAGAACGUAACAUUAGCCGGCAUCACGGUCAACCAGACUUUCGGAGUAAUGGAUUACGCGGGUUGGUAUGGCGACGGUGUCACGUCGGGGUUGAUGGGUCUCGCGUAUUCUUCUCUCGCGAACGCCUACACGACGGAUUACAAGCAGCCAAGCCUCUACAACCCCAUUUUCGCGACCAUGUACGAGCAGGGCCUCAUCGACCCUGUCUUCAGCAUCGUUAUGAACCGCAAUGCAUCCAAUGGCACAGCAGCCGGUUACCUGACUCUAGGUGGAUUGCCGCCUACUGACAUCAAAGGGAAUUUCAGUACUACGCCUAUCCUGGUUACAAACAUCAAGGGCUAUCGGAGGGAUUAUGAUUUCUACACUGUCAAUAUUGAUGGAGUGGCGCUAGGCAACAAGAGCUUGCCGGAGGCUGGUGGCAACAUUCAAUACCUCGUUGACUCUGGAACAACACUGAACUACUACCCAAACUCGGUAGCGGACGCUAUCAAUGCGGCAUUUAUUCCCCAGCGGUCGCCAGUCCACGGUGUCACCAUCGCGGGUUCGACUUUCUACAUCAAUUCAACGGAUAUGAUAUUACCAGGUGGGACGGAUAACUCGGGAAACAAAAUCUGCAUUAGCGGGAUCAACGCCGGGGGAGAUGUCCGUCAGGGUAUAUUUGUCCUAGGAGGCACUUUUUUGAGGAAUGUGGUGGCAGUAUUCGAUGUCGGGGCUGCAGAAAUGCGGUUUGCGGCGAGUGCAUAA